AUGUGACGUCUAAAGUUUCUCUUUGAAUUUCCAGGAUUUAGCUAUAAGAAAUGUGUUAAAUUCUUGUUUGUCAGCACACAACCAGUAUUUCAGACAUGAAUUCUUUCCGUGCAUUCAAAUUGAAGUUGCCGAAAAAAACUGACGAGGAAACCACAAAGAAUUGGAACAGUGAGUCCUCAGGUCAGGUUACAAUAACAAGCGACACGAAGUAUUUCCAUGCGGGAGAAGAUCGAUAUAAAAACUUUGCGAGUCCCAAUGUUUCCAUUCCAGAUUUUUCAUCUUAUGGGGGCCCCCCGUAUUAUUCAAAACAUGCCGUAGAUGAGGACCUUUGUUUUAUGCAAAGAAAUACAAGCAGUGAAAAGUCGGAUGUAUCCCAGCCAGGGUUUUCUAUGAUACAGAGAAGAUUCGCUGCACCGCUGUUUACUAGCAUGUUUAGUUCUCAAAAUCCCGUAUCAUGCCCGACGUUCGGUAUGUAUAAUCCAUUACCGGAAGUCAUGAACCGUUCGACGGAAACUACAACAGCUGCAAGUGUUACACCAAAGCAUGCCACGCCGACAGUUACACUUUUUGGGGGAUGCGCUUCGCCGCCACUCAAUGACAGCGAUACCAGUUCGAAGUGCUCAUCUUCGCCUGGUAGUAUUGAUUCGGGUUACCAAGCUGGUAGCCUAGAUUUACUUGAAGAGUCAAUGAAUGUGUCUGAUACUGACGUCAAGCAAGAAGUAGAAAAAAGAGAAGGCUCAUUCGAAUGCUCAUUUUGCAAACGAACAUUCUCCUAUCUAUGCCAUUUGAAAGUGCAUGAAAGGGUACACACGGGAGAGAAACCAUAUCUCUGCAAAUUUUGUCCUCAGCAGUUUAGCCAGCUUGGAUCACUGACAGUACACAUGCGAAUACACACUGGUGCUAAACCUUACCAGUGCCGAGAAUGUUCCAAAAAUUUUCGACAUGUCAACAGCCUUCGUCGUCACCAAAGACAGGUUCAUAACAUGACCGCCACACAGCUUGCACCGGUGUUAGACAAGCGUGUGAAACUUGAACAAAUGCAAGAGCAGUAUCGAGUCAAUGACAGAAGUGUAGAAGACAGCGAAUCUAAAAGGAAACGAACAGCAGUUGAUGCACGUGCAUUAUAUCACCAACAAAUCUUUCAGCCUUACAAUCACGGUUAUUUUGCUCAGAGAAAUAUUUUCCCCGGUAUAGCACCAGGGAUGUUGUGGCCGCAGAAAAGUGUCAUUGCUCCCAGUCAAGGCAUCGUGUCAAAUUUGGAUCGUUGUGAAUACAACAAUAAAGUCAUCCAAGACCUGGAAGAUACACGGAGAUGUAAAAAAUUUGGGCAAGAUGUGAAAUCUGGAAUUCAAAAUGCUGCAGAAGCUCUUCUUUCAUUGUCAGAUUCUACUACACCAUCACCCAGAAAGAAUCUUGCUCCCAAGACAUGGAGACCUUUUAUGACGGAAGAAGACGAGGAAAAACCUUUGAAAAUUGAACGUGGAGAAAUUUCCCACACUGAUAAUAGGAACGGCACUGGUCACGGACAACACAGAAAUAUGAAAUCGAUACCAACUUUCCCCCCUCCAUAUUCAGGAAAUGCUUCAAAAAAUGAAAGAAUAACACAUUUGAAGCAGGAGAUGACAAAGCUCCCCCGCUUAAUUCCGAUCUCGGUGGUAAGGAGCGAAAGGGCAUUUCUAAAACCACAAGGCUCAUAUUUUCCUGUUUAUAAAAGUCAAGAAGAACAACAUAUCAGUCCAUACAUAUCGCCGUAUUUAGGGCCACCGCCACCGUCCCUUCGCGGGGAACAGCAGCAGCCGAACGAACGCUCUGACAAGAAAGAAUCGAAUCUGCAGGUGGCUGCCGGCGAGAACCUGGCUAGGUAUUGGAAUUUCAAUGAACAUUCGUCAAAAGAAGACGAUUCGUCUGAUGAAGGAUUUUUAUCUUCUUGUUCCACCGGGGAAGGUAAAACCCCAAGUUCCAAGUCAGAAGGUUUGGAAGUAAUUGCUGAACAUGAAGGGAAAUCUAUUUCCAGAGAAGUUUCAGUUUGAUUUGAGUCUUCAAAGUUCACAAAACUGUCAGCUUGUUGUGAUAAUCAAUUACAAGGUGGCACACGAAAAACAGAACCCGUAAAUGCCCCAUAACUACCCAUAAUUACUUCCGUGAAUAUGGAGUAAUUAUUUGAUUUUGUUUACACUUGAACUUCUGUUUGUGUAUGAUUAUAGCCAAAAGUUUCAGGAAUUUGGGACGUUUUGCACAAAAGCUAUGUUCUCUCUAGAUUAUGUCAAAAUGAGACCGACUUGCACCCGCUGCGCAAAAUGGUCAAUCACUAGCAAGCACCCCUAUAUGUGGAUUUCCCCGAUUUUGGCCGCAAUCUUGAGUUCACCAAUUGUUUGAGGAUUGUUCUGAUAUAUAUUGCCCUUUAAAUAUCCCCACAGAUACGAAUAAAUGAGGUGCUCACUCGACGUCUUGCUGAAACCCCUGUUCAUCUCGAUCAACCCCUUUACACCCAUUUACAAACAAUGUCCAGUACUUCUCAGCAACACAACGUAACGAUUUCACCACUUGAGCUCUUUCAUUUUGUCUUCAAAGCAAUACAUACCGAUUUGCAAUGUUAAAAAUGGCUACCCAUGCCGUGCACUUUACUGAGUGCUGUGCCCCAGUUACAUUAUUUUUGCUAUUGACAUGCCCGUACAGCCGAAAGUGCGCUUUAGCGGAAAACCAAGUGGUAAAUGACAAUUUUGUGGAACGGAUGCAAGUCUGUAUCCAACAUCAAGGAGGUCAAUUAGAACUUAUUUAGAGAGAACAUAACUUUUGUACAAAGCGUUCUAUAUUUAAACUUCCGGGUAUAUUCAUACACAAAUAGUCCAAACGCAAACGAAAUGAACUAUUUUUUUCAUUUUUAUGUAAGUAAUUAAUAAAUUUAUUGGUUCUGUUUUUUGAGUCACUCUGCACCAACCUCAAAUCCCAUAUAAAUCGGCUCAAACAACAAGUGACGCAUUUUCUGCCUCCAGCAUAUGCUUGCCAGUCGCCUCAAUGCAUAUAAUAGUCAUGUAAGACAAGAUGCUUUACCUCAGACACAUAUCAGAAUAUACACUUACACAUCGCUACCGAGAAGACCUGCAUGUUUACUCAUUUUUUAUGCAUUUGUCGUAUACACCAUAAUUUUUAUUAUUUUUUCUUUAAUUUCAAUUAUUCCAAUCAAACAUUGUUGCUAUAUUCCUAAUGUUGAUUGUGCUGAACAUCAUUUAUUAUUUUCCUACCUACCUAAUACGGGAUACCUGCCGAUUAUACAUUUUUUUUAUAGGACACACCAUAAUCUUAGUGGAUAUGUUGACCAUAAAAGUGGAUAUUUUUCACACUUAAUUUUUUUUUCAUAGGACGCACCAUAAUCUUAGUGGAUAUGUUAACCAUGAAAGUGUAUAUUUUUUACAUUUUUUUUUUCAUAGGACAAACCAUAAUCUUGGUGGAUAUGUUAACCAUAAAAGUGGAUAUUUUUUACACUUAUUUUUUUUUAAUUGGACACACCAUAAUCUUAGUGGAUAUUUUUGUCAUAAAAGUGGAUAUAUUUUCGUGUUUUUUGUUAUUAAUACUUUCUAUUUUCAUCAGUUAGUAUAUAUGUGUCUCAGGCGUGUUUUAACACCAUGUUGCCUUUGCAAAGUUAAUAUUUUUUUGUCUUCUAUCUACAGUGGAUGUUGUGUUUCCGAAUUUUUGAUGUUCACUCAAUAAAAAGUUAUGUCACGGAAUUUUUGUGGUAGU